UGUGUGUGAAGUGUCUCACUCUCCUCUACUCUUCAUCAUCAUCACCAUGUCUCUCCAUCUCCUCCUCUUCUUCUUCAUCCAGCUCUUCAGCUCGUCUCUCCAGCAGUUCCCCCGAGUCUGCACCACCCCAGAAGUCCUCCAGUCCAAACGCUGCUGUCCCAUCUGGCCCGGCGACGGCUCCGUGUGCGGCGUCCAGUCAGGUCGAGGGUUCUGUCAGGACGUCCUGGUGUCCGACCUUCCCAACGGGCCGCAGUAUCCUCACUCAGGAGUGGACGAUCGAGAGCGAUGGCCUUUAGUGUUUUACAACCAAACCUGCCAGUGCGCUGGAAACUACAUGGGCUUUGAUUGCAGCGAAUGCAAGUUCGGCUUCUUCAGUGCCAACUGCGCAGAAAGACGCGAGUCUGUGCGCAGAAAUAUAUUCCAGCUAUCCGCUACCGAGAGGCAGAGGUUCAUCUCGUACCUAAAUCUGGCCAAAACCACUACAAGUCCCGAUUAUGUGAUCGUAACAGGAACGUACGCGCAGAUGAACAACGGCUCCACGCCAAUGUUCGCCAACAUCAGUGUGUACGAUCUGUUCGUGUGGAUGCAUUAUUACGUGUCCCGGGACGCUCUCCUCGGUGGGCCUGGGAAUGUGUGGGCUGAUAUUGAUUUUGCGCACGAGUCUGCGGCGUUUCUGCCCUGGCAUCGGGUGUAUCUGCUGUUUUGGGAGCAUGAGAUCCGGAAGCUGACCGGGGACUUUAACUUCACCAUACCAUACUGGGACUGGCGGGACGCGCAGGACUGUCAGGUGUGCACGGAUGAGCUGAUGGGGGCGCGCAGCGGUCUCAACCCCAGCCUGAUCAGCCCCUCUUCUGUCUUCUCAUCCUGGAAGGUGAUCUGUUCUCAGCCUGAAAGUUACAACCUCCGCGAGGCUUUGUGUGACGGGUCGCCAGAGGGGCCGUUACUGCGCAAUCCCGGCGACCACGACCGGAUCCGGGUCCCGCGGCUGCCCACCUCCGCUGAUGUAGAGUCGGUGCUGCGGCUGACGGAUUACGAGACCGGGCAGAUGGACCGACGGGCAAACCUGAGCUUUAGGAACGCGCUGGAAGGUUUUGCCAAUCCUGAGACGGGUUUAGCAGUGACGGGUCGCAGUUUGAUGCACAACUCUUUACACGUCUUCAUGAACGGCUCCAUGUCUUCAGUGCAGGGAUCUGCCAACGACCCCAUUUUCCUCAUACAUCAUGCUUUUAUUGACAGCAUCUUUGAGCAGUGGUUAAGGAGACACCAGCCACCCCGCACACACUACCCCACUGCCAACGCCCCCAUUGGACACAACGACGGAUACUUCAUGGUGCCCUUCAUCCCUCUCUACAGGAAUGGAGAUUAUUUCCUCUCCACUAAAGCCCUGGGAUAUGAAUAUGCAUAUUUACAGGAUCCAGGUCAGCGGUUUGUGCAGGAGUUCCUGACGCCGUAUCUGGAGCAGGCUCAGCAGAUCUGGCAGUGGCUGCUGGCGGCAGGUAUCCUGGGUGCUGCCGUAGCAGGAAUAAUCGCAACGGUUUUCGCAGUGGCGUGUCGCAGACAGACGAGGAGACGGAAGCUGUCGUAUGGAGAGAGACAGCCGCUCCUGAACAGCAGUGAAGAGGAGGGUUCAGCUUCAUAUCAAACCACACUGUGAACCGAAGCAGGACGGAUGCGCUGAAACGAGUCAUCUGGUCUCGCCUGUAAACCUGAGGGUUGUGUUUGCAUACUGCCAAGUGCACUACAUGUGUUACAGUACUCGCAAGUUUGGCCUCAGCAAGAGAAGGAUGCAAACAUGUUGAUCAAAACUGACGGUAAAUGCAAUAAUAAUUUAUUCUAUGUUAAAGGGACGGUUCACCCAAAACUGAAGAUGUCAUCGUUUGCUAACACUUAAAGGGACAGUUCACACAAAAAUGAACACUUCCUGAUAAUUAACAAUUAGGAAGAUUUAGAGCUGAAUUAACAGUAUUUUGUGAUUCACAAGUGUUUUCCGUUUGUUUACGGUUGUGAAUUGCAUUAUGGGAUGUUGAUCUCUGCUCUGUCGACUUUUGAUGUUGACAAUUCAACUCUACAGUUUAAAAGCCGGCUCACACUGUGAGAUUUUUUAUAAUCCUGAACGAUUGUAGCAUGUCAGACUGCACGAACGUGGCUAUCAUGUCACAUUGUAAGAUCUCAGCUAGGGGUGGGCGAUAUGACCUAAAAUUAAUAUCACGGUAUUUUUCAUCUUUUGAACGGUGACGGUAUAAUAUCAUGGUAUUACUUUCAAUAGCAAAAUAAUAUACAUCUCAAGGAAGAACGGACAAAAGAAAGUCUCACUUCUAUCACUCUUUAAAAGUUUUGGUUUGGGUCAUUGUAAAUGCUCAGUCUCGUUAUGAGCUGAUCUUCAUUUCUCUGUGUUGGUGGAAUAAAGCAGGCGAGUCAGCCGCACCAAUUUAUAAGCAGACAGCAGGAUUCUCGCGAUGACCACCGGCGCAAUACCGCUCUUUGUUAUGAGCCGUAGUUUCAGUGUAAACUUAGUAAAGGUGAGUUUUUUUGGUGAUAAUGUGUACAGUGUUAGAUUUUAUAUUUAGCAGACAUUUGCGCUGAACACGCGGUGAAUGCAACGCAUCGAGAUUCGGGCACCUUCUCCGAAAACACUCGAUUGAUCUCAGCUGGCGGAUCAACAUUUACCUCAUGUCAUGAUCGCUGUCAUCUGCGCCAUUAUUAUUAUUAUUAUAACUUUAGGUGAGGUUUGCAAACCUCUGCACUUUUCACUCUUCAGCCGUUUGCAUUUCCUGCAGUAACAAAAGCUCCCUGUUAUCUGACAGCGGGAAGCGUUGAGUGACUGACAGCUAAUACUUCAGCAGGGUAGAGCGAUUCAGCAAGUUUUUAGAGAAAAUCAAAUCAGAUUGCACUACAACCAUUAUAUUCAGACACACAAAUACUCCCAAAUAUAUUAUAAGGGCGCAUAGAUUAAAUUUCGGGCGCUCAUGCGACCAAAAUGGUUGCAAUUUCGAGCCCUGUAGUAUAAGGACAUGUAUUCAGACCACAACUGAACGUUUGAAGAAAAUUGAAUGCCUUAUUAUUUAGAAUUAGCUAUUAUUGAUGUAAAUGCAGCCGUUUAAGGUGCAUAAUUGAUUUAUUACGGUAUUGACGGUAUUAGAAAAUCCAUGUCGUGGCGCAAUGUCACACCGGUGAUGACUAUGAGUUUCUAUUGGUUCUUUGACGCUCAUGGCAGCUGUGGUCACACUGCAGUAUCUUCUGACACUGCUAGAACUUCAUCUGAGGAAAAAUCUGAUCGCAAUGAGCAUUAAGCGGCUGUCUGUGAACAUGUCAAAGCAACGAUCUAAGAUCACUGAUUUUAGCCUGGGAUUUCAGGAAUCUUUUAGGAUUCCCUAAAUUUGUCUCAGAUGACAAAAUCGUGGCUGAAAUCUCACAGUGUGAGCAGGGCUUAACAAGUGACUUUACUGACAUUUUAGUAGGACCAGGACUACAGUGGUUCAUAUAAUGGCAGUGAAUGGUGACAGGUUUUUUUUUUAAGAUCAAAAAUAAACAUAAAAAUGAGUCCAAAUCAAUAGCCAUAGCUCCUGAUCACACACUGAGGUCUUAGGAAGCAAAGUGAUUGGUUGGUGUAAGAAACUGAACAUUAUUAGCAAAUAUUUCAAUUUUUGGACUACAAUUGGACUACAGUAGCAUGUGUGCCAAGAAUCAUUUAAGCAAGGUGGAUUAAAGCUAAUCAUUUUGUAAAUAACGUUCACUUUCUAACACAGACCAAUUGUUUUGCUUCACAAGACCUCAGUGUGUCAUCAGGAGCCACGGCUGUUGAUUUGCACUCG